GACCUCGCCUCUUAUUGUCUUGCAGGAAUGGAUUAAGACGACGGAGGAUUCUCGCGCCUACCCCUUCACCCUCCUCGUCGCCCUCUGCUGCAACGCCUCCUCCAACACUUCCUCCUCCUCCGAUAUUGUGGACGGCCAAUGGGCCGCGGGGUCACUGUACCUGGAUGACGGCGUGACCCCACAUGACCUCACCUCUGGUCCCACUGAGGAGCGCCUACAGAUGAACGCCACCGACCACCAGCUGACGGUCACACGGGCCAUCCCACCAGGGGGCGCGGCGGGGGGACUGUGCUCCGCCGCCACCCCUACGUACUCGACGGUAGUGAACAGCGUGAAGGUGUACGGGGUGGACUACGUGGUGGGAAAGGUCACGGCUCAGGGGCUGACGAUCACCAACUAUACUCAGGAUGCAGACACGGGCGCGCUCACCAUCCAGGGUUUAGCGUAUGACUGGUGCGUCGCCUCCCAUCUCGUAGUGACCUGGGACCGUGAAGCCUGAAGGAAGACGAAGAAGGAGGAUAACUAAAGGAAAAACAGAGGAUGGUGUGGAUUGAAGCGAGUUAUCAAGAAGACGUGAAGAGGGGAAAGAGAGGGAACCGGAGAAGAGAAAAAGAGGUGAGAUAAAAGAAAUUGGAUAGUGUGAAAGAAGGGUAAGGUAAAGUAGAUUACGUGGGUAAUUAGGAUGGACUAGAAGAAAAUAUAUUAAAGGAAGGAAUAUUGACCAGUGAUAAAUGUAGGCAAAGAGAAUGACGAACAGUUGGAGUAAGAAGAAAAGGAAUAGAAAUGAUGUUGAAUGAAAAGAGUGUAAAGAGACAAAUGAGGACGAAGAGAAAAAGAAGAAAACGAGAUUGAAAUUGACAAUAUGGAGAUCGUGAACAAAACAGAAGGGAAGCUGACAAAAAAAGACACCAAAGAAAACGUUAAUAAGAAGCAAACAAAGCAGAAAAUGAAGGAUGGUCGAAGAAAACAAAUCAAAAAGAAAACGAACGAAAUAAAAUAAAAAGAACCAGUCAAUGGAAAAACGAGGGGGAAUAAAAAGGGAAAUAUAUCAUAAGGAAAAUGAAGAAAGUUAAUAAGAAAACAAACGAAAAAGAGAGCGAGGAAAAAACGAAAUGAAUGAAAACAGAAACGAAGGAAGAGAUAGAACAAACAAAAAAAGUGAAACUCUACCACAAUGAAGAAGAAGAGGAGGAAAGAGGCGGGCAGAAGGGAAGAAAGACGGACAGACCACAAGAAAACAAGGCAGCGGUAGGCCACUCACACCUGCACUACAUCACCAGGUGAAGGCCGUGUUCAGUAACGUUUGUAGAAGUAGUUAAUUAGCCACUAACUUGUAGCAAUUUAGUAAUCACAAUAAUUGUUGUAAUUUAGAUAAUCACCUGGCAAUUAGUUAUUCACCCAUAUUACCUGAUUAGCUAAUUGUAUGAUUCAUUAAGUAAUCACCUAUACUUGUAUAUUCGCUAGUUACCUGUUGUAAUUAUUUAGUGAUUCAUAUGUAAGUUGAAAUGAGCUAAUCACCCAUUGUAUGUACUGAACUAGCUAAACACCUGUAGCACUAAUGAACUAAUCCCGCCUGUACUGCAUGUUGUAUCAGGGCACAUUGUAUCCUCUACCGUGUUUAAAUAUAUCACUGUGUAUGUGUGUGUGUGUGUGUGUGUGUGUGUGUGUGUGUGUGUGUGUGUGCGCUCGCGCGCGCAUGCGUGUUUAUCAGGUGUUAUUUGUUCAGGUGAAUUAAUAAUUACUCAAUUACCUACAGUUAAUUUGGCGCAUCGACGAGCGAGUAAGGUAAUUUAGGGAACGCUUAAUUGGAAGGGAGAGUUGUAGUGUGUGUGUUGACAGCAUUUUGCAGUCUAUUUGUGUUUAUUUUGUACAAUUUCCCAUUAAGAGCUAUCCUGUAUCUUCACUCAUUAUUCUUGCUAAUAAACUCCGCAGUGGC